AUGGUUCAAUUCGCCUCUUUGACUACUUCUAUUGCAACUAUCUUGUUGUUCUCUCUUGGCUUUAACGAAGUGGCUGCUGGAAAGACAUGUGUUGUUGCCAAGAGCAAAUCUGACGACGCCGUUACUAUUACUCAAGCAUUCAACAAUUGUAAGACAGGCGGUACAGUCUAUUUCCCAAAGGGCAACACUUACUACCUCAAGAGUAUGGUCUCUAUCUCUGGUGUUAAGAAUGUCAAUGUCAAUUUUGCUGGUCAACUUGUCUUGCCUCCUUAUGAUAGCAAGUUCAAGGGCAAGGAAUCAUAUAUUGAAAUCAAGGGUGACAACAUUCACUGGUCCGGUGGAGGAACCAUCACUGGCAAUGGCCAAGCCUGGUACGACAAGCAGGAUCAUACCGCCCCUACUGUUCUUCGUAUCAAGGCCACUAAUUCUGUCUUUGGUAAUUUCAAGAUCUACAAUGCUCCUAGAGCUCAUAUGGCCUUGACCAGUGCCAACAAUGUUGUUCUUGAAAAUAUCUAUCUUCAUACCGUCUCCUCAAGCAAGAACCCUGCCAAGAACACUGAUGCUUUAGAUGUUUCUUCUUCUAGCAACAUUGUCUUUAGAAACUCUGAGCUCAACGUUGGCGAUGACUGUACUGCUAUUAAUGGAGGUGUCAACAAUAUCACCUUAUCUCACAUCACCUGUAACGGUGGUCAUGGUUUCAGCGUUGGUUCUCUUGGUAAAGGUGGCAAGACUGAAUACGUCAAGACUGUUCGUGUUUUGAACAGCGUCUGUAACAACUGUCAAAAUGGUGUCAGAAUCAAGACAUGGCCUGGCGGCAAGGGUGCCGUUCAAGAUGUCAGUUAUAGAAAUGUUGAGCUCAACAAUGUUGAAAAUCCAAUUAUCAUCACUACUCAUUACUGUGACAAGAAUCAAAUGUCUUAUUGUACCAAGAAUAAGGAUACUUCUUUGUCUAUUAGUCAUGUUGCAUUCCACAACAUUCAUGGAUCUGCUGCUAAUGUCAAUCACCCCAUUGUCAGCAUUGACUGCUCUGCAAAGGCACCAUGCUCUUACGUCACUUUAGAUCAAAUCAAUAUCAAGAAGGCCAGCAAGACCACCAAGAACGUCUGUAACAACGUGUCCAACUCUAAAAAGAUUUCUUACUGUGCCUAA